UAUUUAUUUGAAAUAGAGUAUAUGCAUGCAUUAUGCUUGAUCAUAAAUCGAAUUACGCAACCUGUAAAUUCGUUUCCCCUUCUCUGUAUUGCUAUAGCCUCUCUAUGAUGUGCUUAUUGACAGGUAGCGUGUAGUUAAUUAGCCAUAGGGUAUAGUCCACCACAGGAUGGCGAUAAAAUAUUCCCCACGGUUUUCAUAGCUCACCUACCGCUGCCUCCACUCACUUUCUUUCACAGCUACUCAAGAUGGCGGCAGCUUCCUCCAUCCAGCCGCCGAUCGUUCACUCUUUAAACCAUGCAAACGCACCUUUCCUGGAAUCUGACAGCCCGGAGACCCGCCAGGAUGAGGACGCAGUUUCCGAGGGGACCAGUCUCCGAGACUUACCCGAUUUGGAACCGGAUGAGAUUGAGAAGAGGCUGGAGAAAACUCGCCACGAGUUGAGCAACAGGAGGAAAAUCCUCAUUAAAAACCUGCCACAAGAUACGACCAACCAGGAGGUCCAUGAGAUUCUGAGAGAGUACGAGCUCAAGUACUGCUUUGUGGACCGCAACAAAGGGACAGCGUUUGUGACCCUGCUGAACGGUGACCAGGCUCAGGGUGCCAUCCGCUCCCUCCACCAGAGCAACAUGCGUGGCCGAGACAUCACGGUGCAGCUCCAGCCCACCGACUCCCUGCUGUGCCUCACCAACCUGCCCCACACCUUCACCGCCCAGCAGCUGGAGGAGCUGGUCCGUUCCUACGGAAACAUCGAGCGCUGCUUCCUGGUCUACAGUGAGCUCACCGGACACUCCAAGGGCUACGGCUUCGUGGAGUACAUGAAGAAGGACUCGGCGUCGCGGGCGCGGUCGGAGCUGCUGGGGCGACCGCAGGGUGACCGCGCGGUCAUGAUCCAGUGGACAGACGUGAACCAGCUGACCGCGGGUCACCACCUCCACUCUAAGUGCCUCUGUGUGGACCGGCUGCCCCAGGAGUACGAGUCGGAGGAGCUGAACCUGCUGUUCUCGGAGCGCUACAAGCCUGUCUUCUGCCAGCUGGCCCAGGAUGAGGGCAGCCCGGUGCGUGGCUUCGGGGUGGUGGAGUAUGAGAGUGCAGAGCAGGCGGAGGCCAUUCUGAUAGAGAUGGACAAAACACUGGUGGGAGGACAGGAGAUCCGUCUGUCUCUCUGCACCCCCGGAACCUCAGGCAGGAGCACAUUGGCCGCGCUCAUAGCUGCUCAGGGCGUGAUGUUGAGUAGUAAGAAGGGCUUACUGCCGGAGCCCAACCUGGCUCAGCUACUGAACAGCAUGACCAACCCAGCAGCCCUACAGAUCCUCAUGAGGCCCUACCACACUGGGAAACGAGGAGGGAAGUACGGGCGGCACCCCAGCCUUUCUCCGUUCCUCAGACCCCCCCUCACAGCAGCCCUGCUACAACUGGGGAAGGUACAGCAGAGUGCCAUGUUGGGGAACGGGCUGGUUCUGCAGAACCUCCUGCACAUGCAGCUGGCCCAGCAGCAGCUCUUACACAUCAAAGACAAGCACAUCAGCAAUGUAUCCAGUCUGCUGGGUGACCCUUCUCGUCUCCUCCUACAGAAAGCCCUGGGUCUCAGACCUCCAGCCCACAUGACCUUGGGCAAAGGUCUGCUGGGUGACUCCCCCAUCGAGUUGGGUCAGGAGUCCCUGCCAGCGUCCAGUCAGGCCACGGUGUCAGCAGCGGGCAUGAUGCCCUACCUGCAGGCGCGGGCACACCUGGGUAUAGCCGGGGGAGGGGAGCUGAAUGGGGCCUGCAUCUCCACCGCAACCUCUGACAGGCAGCCAGCGCCUCCUGGGACCACGAUGCACGUUCAGCACCAGGGACAGAGCUACUUGGGAAUGAGCAGCCCGGGCCCCCCUCCACCCAAAGCCCCAGGGGCCCACCAGCUCGGCCUAUACAGCCACAGUAGCACCGACAGCAGCGCAGCUAGUGGAGCUCCCAGCUGUCAUAUCUCUCUUCUGGGUGAACCUCCUAAAGAGAUGAAGCUGCCCUCCAACCCCUACCUGAAUCUAGCUAGUGUGUUACCUGGCAUGGUAAUGCAAGCCCCGGUGGCCGGUAAAGCGCAGGCAGGACAGCCUCUGGCUGGGAUGUACAGCAGUGCUAUGCCACCUGUCUCCCAACCCUCCACCUCUCACGCCCCAGCGCCCUACAGCACAGAUACCUCUGCAGACUACAGCCAUUACAGCCAGGCAUACUCACAGGAGGCCAUUCAGCAGUGGUACCAGCACUACCAAGCACAAGCCCAGAGCUACAGCACUGCCCCCCAGGAGAGCCAAGCUGUGGACUACACCAAGGAGCACACACAGCAGGCGGCGGCGCCGUCCUAUGGGGAUUACAGCUCCUACAUGCAGGCUGUCAGUCAGUACUAUUCUCAGCCUCCCGUGACCCAGCCACCUCCCCAGGCUUACCAGAACAGAGAACCCACCAAGGAGGCUGACGUGUGUAAGCCGCUGGGUGUGUCUCUACAUGCGGUCAGUAACAGUGGUGCCCAGUCGGUGCUGCCAGCCUACAGCUCCAUCCCUAUGAUGCCAGGCUUCAUGACCGUGCCACCUCCCUCCACACACACACUCCCACCCAGCCCUGUCACACACACUCAGAGUGCCCACGCCCAAGCGGCCAGCGAAUGGAACCAGUAUUACUAUAAUCAGGCUCGGGGGCAGAAGCGGGAGUACCCUCACUUGGCGGUGCAGAAUAUGACAUCAGAGGGUGUGUAUGUGGGGCAGCACUCCCAGGGGCUAGGGGGGCAGUACGCUGACUACUUCAAGAAGAAGAGGAUCUAGAGAUGACCUAUGACCCUCCCCCGGCCUCCCUCUCCCUGACCUCCUGCACCCUAACUCCUAACCCCUACAGUACAUACACACAGUCUCGGGUUUAGUGUUGUACGACUUUGGUAAACACACACACCGUUAUGUCGCUUUUGUCCUUUUUCAAGCCUUAAUUCUGAACUAUUACUCUCUUCUCAGUUGAUGUGUAAAUGUUUAUUGACUAAUAAUCUGUACAUUGUUUGUAAUGUAUAUAUGAGCUGCUUUUGUAUUUUAUGGCCAAUCAGUCAGUCUGCCUUGUUGAAGGCCAGUCACUGUGUAGUCGGGUUUCUCUCUCUCUCUCUGUUUUUAUCUCUCUGUGUACUCUUUCUUCAAGUGGGGGAAACUGUACAGCGUUGCACACAGAGUUGCUUUGAUGCCUUGCUGUAACUGACGUGUUUUUCUCUUCCUCGGUGUCUUUCUCUUUUUCUGACUGCCUCAGUGUCUCUUUUUAUCUCUCUUCGCGGAGACCUUGACUUGGCGCGCGUGUGUGUGUGUGCGCUCGCGUGCGUAUUUGUUGUGCUGUAAGCGUAGGAGUGAUCAGCCAUUCCCAGGGUACAAGGCGGCGGGUCUACCCUGGAAACUCAGAGACACAGGAAGGGGGACAUCCAAUCACUGCUCUUAACCUUUAACAAUGGACACUAAUCCUAACGUAGCAGGUGUAAAAUAAACGUCUGAAACUAGAUCCUCUACAUACUGGUCUUGACGAGAAGAAGAAAAAAAAACUGUUGGGGGAGGUUCUCUUCUGCACUGUUCAACCAAUCCAGUAAAUGUGGAGGAGGAGUUAAGAUGGGAGUGUUUCUCAGGUGUCGCCUUGUUAACAUGCAAAAGUGGAACUCCCGGCUCUCUUUCCAUUUCCCCUGAAAACUGUUGGGGACUCGGCCGAUGCUAAUGGACACUUACAAAGGCUGGUCUACUAGCAAAUGAAUGGACACCUAAACGUGGUAUCUUAUAGCCAUUAGAAUAGUCACCGAGUGGACACUUCUUAGUGCCCAUAUAGUUAUGUAUUAUAACUUGCUUGUAGAUGGACACUUACUAGGCCUUCAUAUGGUCCUGUGUUUGUGAUAGCUACAGGUUUGAAACCUUCCUGUUUAUAAUGGCUGUUGUUUUCUGUAGGGGCCAUGGAACAGUCGCUAAACGCAAUAAGGUACGCAGGAGGACUCCCAGGUUUUCCCAGGUCCUCUUCUUUUCCCACUGUUUUUAUGUUUUAAAUGCAAUGGACUUUUCAGGAACUGGAAGGACUCUGGAGAGACAAAUAAACCAACCGACACUUUAUUACCGCUUAAUAAGCUGCCAUUAGAAAUGAAACCCGAAAACAGAAAGAUUCAGGAGAGUAGCCAUGUUGAAUUAUCUCAGAGAUGUUGUGGACUCCAGGGUUGGAGUCAAUUCUAUUUUGAGUCAGUCAAUUCAGGAAUUUAAAAGCCAGAAGUAUGUCAUAAUAAAUCAGCAAUUUUCAUCAAGCAAUGAAUCUAAUUUCAAUUCAUCCCCUUAAGACUCAUGUCAGUGCAAGUGAAAAGGCCCUGAACCCAACCCUGGUGAUCUGACAGAGGGGGUGCUAGGGGUACAAAGGCCCCAGGAAAGGGCAUGGAUGAGGGCUAAGUGUUGGCACAGGUAUUCAGCCUGAGACCCAGGCAAUAACGACAACUACUGCACCAACAAAUAUCACAAUGCCAACACGAGGGCGUUACCUCUCUGCUAUAAUAAAUCAAAUCUGCCCGUCUCUUGAUGUAUCUCUUUUCACCUUUCUUCCUGUCCUUUUCUCUCGUUAUAUGCUACCUACUCUCUAAUCUGUCUGUUUUCAUCCUCCACUCUUGACUUGAUGAGGCUGCGUUCUCCUGUGUCACGUGACUUGAUUUGAAGCACUGAUGUGUUUUAGUGCUGUCAUAUAUCACCAUGCUCUCAACGGGCGAACCAUCUCAAAAUUAUAUUAGUGUGUGACUGUACAUUAUUUCAACCCUUUCAAUGCUGUUACACUGGCUUAGAGCCACACUUUUAUUUUCACUGUGUGUGCACGUGCGUGUCUGUGUGAACUGCCCAGUAGGACUUGGUUUUUCCAGCCAGCUGAUUGCUCUCUCCCACCAAGCAAUGCUUAGAAGUGUGUGUGUGUGUGUAGCUUCUUUUUUUGUGUGUGUGUGUGUGUGUGUGUGUGUGUGUGUGUGUGUGUGUGUCUGUGUGUGUGUGUGUGUGUGUGUGUGUGUGUGUGUGUGUGUGUGUGUGUGUGUGUGUGUGUGUGUGUGUGUGUGUGUGUGUGUGUGUGAGAGAGAGACCAUAGGAGUCUGUCUCUCUGUCAGUGGCUGUAAAAGGCAGACCCAGGCAGUAAAUAAUGUCUGUCUGCCACGUAUUCAGGCACUUUAGGCCAGUCUGUUGUCUUAAUAGUGUUUUGGUGAUUGUAUUAGCUUUUCUCGGCAGUCUCCCCCACUCUGCAAUUACCGCGUGUGCCACAGUGCUAUGCAGAGCUCUGUGUGUGAUAUGUGUGAGUGAUUUUGACCUGCACAUUUUCCCCCUUUGCCUAUAGCAGGUCCAUAGGUUUUUAUAGUUAUUCAGUCUAGUCUAUGCUUUUUUUGUGUGUGUGUGUGUUAAUAACCUGCUUUUGGCAGGUAUGAGGGGAACAGACAACAGUGAGGGAGAGAAAGAGAGGGACAGAGGCGGGAAAAACAGCUCCUGCUGCGAGCACAGCCAGCGUUUAUUGGCACUGUCGUUCCAUUUGAAUUCCUCUCUUUCUCUCUGGUCGGUCUCUGGCUGAUGGGUGUGUGUGUGUGUGUGUGUGGCCAGAAUUGAGCUGAGGGCUCCUACGGUAGGCUUCAGGACAGGUCUGUUACCAUUUAAUAAUAGGGCUGAUAAUCACAGCACAGUUACCUCUGCAGGACAUGUCUGUCUCCUUUAGGAAGUAUUCCCUAUAGUCUUGCAUAUACACUGUAUGAUGUGCCAGUUGAAAAGAGGGGGGAAAUUAAUAAUCAGCAGUGUAACUGGCCUCAAGGGCCAGAACUGAGCAUCUCUCGUCUUGAGUGCGUUUAGCUUUGCUAGAACUAGAGACCUGACCAGGGGUUGCAGUUAUGGAG